GGGUUGUGUAUCAAAAAGCACAUACAUCUACAAAUGCCAUUUUUACCCCUCCCUUAUUUCUACGGCGUUUAAAAUCAUUCUAAAUGGUUCAGCCUUACAAUUGUGUAAUAGUGAGAUCAUAAUUUUGCCAUAACUAGCUGCCAUCUUGGUUGUAGACUUUUUUAUUUUUACGUAUUUGUUUACAACUCUUCGACAGUAUACCAUAAAACAGUUCAAGUAUUCCAAUAUCACAUGAUUUUUCAAAACCAAGAACCAAGGAGACGUAUCGAAAUGACACAUGCGAGAUGUCAAUUCAACAGAGAAAGGAUAAUAAUCUCACUAUCGGAGCUGAAGAACUCAUUCGGAACGAUUGCAGGCCUCGUUCAGGGUCUCUGGACUACAUUUCCCAGAAACCAAAGGGACGCCCAUAUGGUCCUCUGUCUACUAUUGGUUUAUUCAAGCAACUGCGGGCUGGCGGGGAUUGAAGCCUAAGUAAACAUGGAAGAUUCAGUCAUACCGUUUUUACAAAAGACUCUGCAGAGAAUCCCAUCUUCAAGUCUUAAGAGUAUACUGAAUGAAUGGGGAUUCUUAUCAGCACAGCAGCUCCAAGAUCUACAUUUUCAGCAGUCCAAGCACAUCCUACAAAAUAAAGUGCUCGCUUUCUGUGAGGACAAUGGCAUGAGAAUUAGACAUGUGAUACAACUUGACAUGAUAUACAACCGCGAAUACCCUAAUAAGAGAAACUGGAGUGUUUAUCAGUUAUCCGGACGGCAAGUUGUAACAAAACAGCUGACCGUCAUAGAAAACGAUGAUGCCCUCAUAUUAAACGUGACAGAAUUUAGUCAGAAGUUCAAAAUCAAUCUAAAAGACCUUUUAAGACAUGUAUCCAUUGGCAUGAAGCAAUGUGAAGACGAUGCCGUAUGGAUCCGUGUUGCCUGGGGUGACAAUUUUACAAAGCCCAACCAAUUUAAACCCACAUACAUAGUGUACCAGUUACACACUCCUUAUGUGUUCAUAUCCAAUUUGAAUGUUAAACACAGACCACUGGUUUCUCAGGCACUGGUUAUUGCAACUAAACAUGAUGAGAUCAAAGAGAUUCAGCUGAGAGGACGCAGUUUGAAGUCACUGAAGGAUUUAGUGUUGCGCCGAUAUAAACAGUCUUUUCAGACUCAUCAGCCAAAAACCCUACAGGAAAGAGAUUCUUCAGAAAGGGAUCAAGGCAUUGACAAUGAACAUGCAAAACGUUUGGCUGACCUGAAGGAAGUAGCCACGCAAACAUUUGGAGAGGGGCCUUUGCCAAAGUUAGAGACUGCGGUUUUUAAGCUUGAAACCAAGUUUAAGGAUCCCGAAAACAGAAUAUUGACAAACAGACCAGAGCCUUUUAGAUGUGCUGUCAAAUUUUCAAGCCCAAGCUUCCUGGAAUCCAUCAAAUCUUUAGUAACUCUGGGUAUUGCAAGUGCUCCUGUUUCCCCGCUGCUUUCAUCCAUACCACAAAAAUCAAGAAAUCAUUUUGUAAUCUCAGAGAGAGGACCUGGAAUACCCACACCUGGCCCAUAACCUUUUGAAGACAAAUGUUGGACAUUAAUCAGCCUAAUUUGUAGAUAAGCUGCACCCCCCCAAGAUGGAAUGGUUUCUUAUGAAGAGGUAACUAAUGAAAUACAUCAGUUUAUCUUACCUGUCAAGCGCUUUCACUGCAGAUUUUCAUAUGAGAAAAAGAACUGCAAAUGCAAGACUUGCAUAGCGAUUGGAAGUGCUUGACAGAUAACAUUUAAAUAAGUAUUUCAUUAGCUACAGUAUGAGUACUUUAAGUGGUUAAUUGUGAAGUUUUUAUUUUUUUACAAUUACACAAGAUAUUCUCAAGAACAAUGGGGUUGAGAAACUGAAACUGUUUGAUUUUAGGGUAAUAAUUUCUGUUCCGUUAUUAAAUCAGUAAUAGCUUGAUAUACUUGUCUUGGAGGGGAACUUCGUUCUCACAUUUAUUUAUUAUUAUUAUUAUUAUUACACACAUCAUUUGAAUCACAGAAUUAAACUCCUGUAUGAAUAGUAAUUAAAUAAAAACCCUCCUGUUGACAUUUAUCGUUACUCAUGGAUUUGAGGUAAAGUACAGGGCAAUGCAUUGCACUAUGAUUUUUUAUUUUUUUUGUAGAUCCCUCAAGCUUUGUUCAAAGUAUAGGACAUUUCACUGUAUGUUAUUCAUGUUGUCGAAUUCACUUUAUCACUUGCCUAAAGCUGACUGAGCUGCA